CGCACAGGGCGGAGCCGGUUCCGCUGCUUGAGGUGUGCGGUGUCAUGGCGGCGGCCGAGGGCCAGGCGGGGGCUACGGCGCUCGCAGCCUCCGUGCAGGACUUCGUGACCGGGCAGCAGGACGGCCGCGCCGCUGAGGUGGCGGCAGGGUUGAAAGAUGGAAGCUGGACUGUGCUGCAGCUUAUAGAAGCCCUGGGGUUUUGCCUGGAGAACACAGAUCCUCGGAUGCGAGGCCGAGGCAUGCAGCUGCUGUCACAAGUCCUGCUCCAGUGUUACUCCCUGCUCCAGGAGAAGGAAGUGCUGCAUCUGGUCCUGUUCUAUGAGAACCGCCUGCAAGAUCAUCACCUUGUGAUUCCCUCGGUGCUCCAGGGACUCCGAGCACUGAGCAUGUGUGAGGUGCUGUCCCCAGGGCUAGCGGUGUCUGUGCUCAAAGCCAUCUUCCAGGAGGUACAUGUGCAGUCCCUGCUGCAGCUGGACCGCCACACAGUCUACAGCAUCAUCACCAACUUCAUGGGCACCAGGGAGGAAGAGCUGAAGGGCCUUGGUGCUGACUUCACCUUCGGCUUCAUCCAGGUGAUGGAUGGGGAGAAGGAUCCCCGCAAUCUGCUGGUGGCUUUCCAGAUUGUGCGUGAUCUCAUUGCCAAGAACUAUGCCCUGGGUCCCUUUGUGGAGGAGCUGUUUGAAGUUACAUCCUGUUACUUCCCCAUUGAUUUUACUCCACCUCCUAAUGAUCCACACGGCAUCCAGAGGGAAGACCUGAUCCUGAGCCUUCGGGCUGUGCUGGCCUCCACACCCCAAUUUGCUGAGUUCCUUCUCCCUCUGCUCAUUGAGAAGAUGGACUCAGACCUGCAAAGUGCCAAGCUUGAUGCCCUGCAGACUCUGACUGCCUGCUGUGCCAUCUACGGGCAGAAGGAGCUGCAGGAAUUCCUCCCCAGCCUUUGGUCAUCCCUGCGCAGGGAGGUGUUCCAGACAGCGAGUGAGAAGGUGGAGGCUGAGAGCCUGACUGCCCUGCACGCCCUCGCUGCCUGCCUGUCCCGCUCUGUGCUCAGCUCUGAUACUGAGGAUCUGCUGGAUUCCUUCCUCGGCAGCAUCCUGCAAGAUUGCAGGCACCAUCUCUGUGAGCCUGACAUGAAGCUUGUGUGGCCAAGUGCCAAGCUCCUGCAGGCAGCAGCAGGCGCCUCCCUGCGUGCCUGCCACCACGUCACCCGCAGCGUUUUGCCCCUGCUGCUGGAGCAGUACACCAAGCACCCACAGAGCAGCCAGAGGAGGACAAUCCUGGAAAUGCUGCUGGGCUUCUUGGAGCUGCAGCAGAAAUGGGGACAUGUGGAAGAAGAGGAGAGCACUCUGCUGUCACUCCAGGCCCCUGUUUGCACUGUGGUGUUCUCAGCACUGACGGACCCCAGUGUGCAGCUGCAGCUGGUUGGGAUCAGGGCACUGACUGUCCUGGGCUCUCUGCAAGGCUUCCUGUCUCCCUCUGACCUGGAGCUGGUUGUGGAUCACCUCAUUCGUCUCGCUCUGUGUGAGGAGGAUUCCCAGAGCAGUGAAGCAGCAAUGGAGGCAAUAGGAUCUCUGGCCCCUAUCUACCCAAAGGUUUUCUCUGGACGCAUGGUACCCAGGCUUGAAGAGGAGCUGCAGUCAGAGUGCAAGGAGGAGAGCUCCCGUGACCGUUGCUCCGUGCAGCAGCGCUGCCUGCAGGCCCUGGCUGCUGUGUCCACACACACCAGCAUCGUGAGGGAGACUGUCCCUGUCCUCCUGCAGCACCUCCGGAAGGUGCAGAAAGGGAGCGAGGCCGGGAGCGCACAAGACAUCAUCUCCGUGUGCCAGAGCCUGCACCGCGUGGCGGUGCAGUGCCAGCAGGACGCCGGGAGCUGCUGGUUCUACCACCAGACGGUGGUGCCCUGCCUGCUGGCCAUGGCCGUGCAGGCUGCCAUGCAAGAGAGCACCCACCCGCCGCUGGGCAAGGUACUGCUGCAGGAAGAGGUGCUGGCUGCCAUGGUCCCAGUCAUCAGCGCUGCCACCACUCACCUGAGCCCUGAGCUGGCUGCCCAGAGUGUGUCUCAUGUGGUGCCCCUCUUCUUGAAUGGAGAGGUCUCUUUCCUGCCCCAGAACAGUUUUCCCUGCUCCUUCCAGCCCUUCCAGGAUGGAGAGUGCUUGGAAGCACAGAGACGCCUGGUCGCCCUCCUCAUGGCCUUUGUCUGCUCCUUGCCCCGCAAUGUGGCAAUUCCUCAGCAGGAAUGGCUGCUCCGGGAACUGCUGGCGCUGAGCUGCUCCUGCAACUGCCCCUUCACUGCCACCACAGCUGCCAAGUGUUUUGCGGGGCUAGUGAACAAGCACCCUGCAGGGCAGCAGCUGGAUGAGAUCCUGCAGCUUGCAGUGAACAGGAUAGAGCCUGGCUUGGUGGAGGGGCUGCACCGGACACAGGCUCUCACCCUGCUGCUGUGGGUGACCAAAGCCCUGGUGCUGCGCUACCACCCCCUGAGCUCCCACCUGACAGAUAAGCUGCUGGGCCUGCUGAGCGACACAGAGCUGGGCCCUGCUGCAGCCGAUGGCUUCUCCCUGCUGAUGGCCGAGUCCCCGGAUGUGCUGCACAAGGGCUGCCACGCAGACGUGCGCAUCAUGUUCCGACAGCGCUUCUUCACUGACAACGUCCCCAAGCUGGUGCAGGGCUUCCACGGGGCUGGCCCAGACGUGAAGGCCAAUUACCUGAAGGGCCUGUCCCAUGUGCUCAACCAUCUCCCUAAGCCUGUGCUGGUGACAGAGCUGCCCAUGCUGCUUUCCCUCCUCCUCGAGGCCUUAUCCUGCUCAGACCGUGUGGUGCAGCUUUCUACACUGAGCUGCCUCCAGCCACUGCUGCUUGAAGCUCCCCAGAUCAUGAGCCUGCAUGUUGACACACUGGUCACUAAAUUCCUCAGCCUCACCUCCAGCCCCACCAUGGCUGUCCGCAUCGCCGCCCUGCGCUGUGCCCAUGCGCUUACCAGCCUGCCCACAAUAGUGCUGCUCCCAUACAAGGCUCGAGUUAUCCGGGCACUGGCCAAGCCUUUGGAUGACAAGAAGAGGCUGGUGCGGAAGGAGGCAGUGGCAGCACGGGGGGAAUGGUUCCUGCUGGGCAGCCCAGGCAGGUGAAUGCCCUGAAUCCCCUCCCUGUGCUGAUCGACGAUCUGACCAGCCCCCUGAUACCCCACCAUACCAUGGACCCUUGGAGCCCAGUUACUGCCCCAUGGGCCAGGGCUGGAGCCUGGAAGCCGGCAGGCAGGACCCUCACUGCGACACCUUCUCAGCACGCCCAGCGGGCAAGGAGCUGUGCCACUUGUGACUUACCCACCUUCUGCUGCAGCAUGGACAAUGACAGACAGACUGGCCAUGUGUGAGUGGAGAGGGCAGGCCUGUGCACACAUGUGCGGUGUGUGGCAGCCCACACACCAGAGGAAUAAAUAUCUCCAUUUUGGUAA